AUGGCCAAGGCUCCAGGCGUAGUUGCCGACAAGCAUUCUGUCAGAACCUUUACGCCCCAAUCACUCAGAAAACAUGAGUUCAGAGAGACAGGGAUGUACGUUGCCAUUGAAAACAAGGUUUACAACAUCACCGGAGGGCUCCAGUGUUUGGUCGAGAAUGGAGGACGAGAUAUUACCGACCUCUUCAAUAAAUACCACCAAACGAAUCGCAACCGGGUUCUCAAAGGUUUGCAGGAGCUGUACAUCGGCAAUCUGAUCGAGCAGCGACAAGAAUAUGCAGACAACGAUGUACAAGGUCUUGCCAAUGACAGGCCUGUGCUUCCACAUGAAAUCAGGUUCGGCAGGGAGGUCUACUCGGUGAAAGCUCUCAGAGACUCAGAGGAGCACGGAAAGUUCCCCGACCUUGCAGAUGCUCUUUCUCCCUACCUCGGACUCGAUGCCACUGAGGCUCUGCAAGUAGAAGAGUAUGAGAACGGGCCCCUCAUGCGCUUUGCCUGUCUCAGGGGCUACAUUGUAGCAACUGUUGAGGACAUAGGCUACGGUCUUCCAGAAAUUCAGCUAGAUGAACUCAGAAUGUUUGAUGGACACACCGAUGAGGGCUACGAUAUCCAAUACGACGCAUUUGUGGCUUCAGAUGGCUUCGUCUACGAUUUGACAUCCCGGUAUAAGAUGCCUAUCUGGGCGAACCGCCCUAAAAAGAUUCCUAAACUCCCGGCAGAGAACGAGGUCGCUCCUCACAUUGACACCAUAGAAAAGAUCAAGGAGGUUUCAAAGGAAGGAGAUUUCGAGACGAAAGACGUCUUCGAACCCACUCCGACGGCGACCUUUCUUCAAAACACGAUAAAUCAGCUGGUCCCGGUCAAUCAGUCCAGCCUUGCGGAGGGACUCGAGAAGCAAGAGCAUCAAACCACCGGAAAUAGUAAUACCAAAGGCAAGGAGCCAGAGAGUAGGACAAAUAGCUCAAAGUCGCGGCAACUGAGCAGAUUGGAAGCUGAUCUCAGACGUCGCAAGGACGAAAAAGUGAUGAGGGAGAUAGCCAGGACAUGGCAAGAGGUGAUAGCCUCAGAUGAAUCAACCCUACCGGCUGCCUACCCGCCAAAAAACAACGCCAAGCACACAAGUGACGGUGUGCUUCAAGAGAAAGAAUUAGAGGAAGGGGAGCGUAGCGCCCAAAAAGACGCUGUUCCGCCCGGUAUGUCAAGGAGAGCCCUCGAGGUCACCAAGAAGCGCAAGCCUGUGUUCGAAAGCGAUGAUGGCCCUCCGAGGAAACGACGGUAG